AGAGCUGUGUGUCUGUAUUUAAGUAAAACCAGGUGUUGGAGAAUUUUACUGGAAAGUAGGGAGGGUUUGGCAAUAACUCAGGAAUUCAGAGCAAGAGAGAUAGCCGUGAGAGUGAGGUCUAAAGAGAGGGAAGAAUACAGAGUAAUAGAAGAGAGAGAGAGAGAGGUUCAGUAAAGAACAUAGGGGUCUGGGAUACAAGAGAGGGGGCGAAAGUGACAAAAAGGAGGAGAGAACAGGACGGAGAAACAGACGGGGGGAACAAGGGAGACAUUUAGGAAAGAGAGAGGGAGGGACUGUGUGUGAGACGUGAAAAAGAGACAGGCGAACGUGCAAGGAAAAAAGGCCCCAGAAAGUGAGAGGAAGACGAAUAAAGUAAAGAGGCGACGGAAGAAACAGAGUAAAAGGAGCUGUGACAGUACCACUGCUUUUAUUUCACAUUCUGGCCAGUGCAGAUAUGAUGUAUCUCCUUACGUUACUGUUCUGUGCCCUACUGGUUCCCGCUAUAUCACAAGAGAACGAGGAGCCAAACAGCUACACGGAAUGUACAGAUGGGUAUGAGUGGGACCCAGAGAGACAGCAUUGCAAAGAUAUUAAUGAGUGCCUUACUAUCCGUGAUGCCUGCAAAGGGGAGAUGAAAUGCAUUAACCAUUAUGGGGGUUAUCUGUGCCUCCCUCGCUCUGCCUCUGUGAUCAGCGAUGCCCACCCAGAACCAGCUGUCCCCGAACAAAGUCCUUCCCAAGAACAGAGACCAAAUCCUUGUCCGCAGGGCUACCAGCCAGAUGCGCAAGGCCAGGGCACCUGUGUGGAUGUGGAUGAAUGUGAAUAUGGAAUGGAUGACUGUCUCCCUAGCCAAGAGUGUGUCAAUACCCCAGGGGGCUUCCACUGCAAGUGUCCAGAAGGAUACAGGAAAAUUGGAAACGAAUGUGUAGAUAUAGAUGAGUGCAGAUACCGGUACUGCCAGCACCGAUGUGUUAACUAUCCUGGUUCCUUUGCCUGCCAGUGUGAGCCUGGAUUUCAGCUGGCGUCCAACAACCGAUCUUGUGUUGAUGUUAAUGAGUGCUCUAUGGGUGCUCCCUGCCAGCAGCGCUGCUAUAACACUUACGGAACAUUCCUUUGCCGAUGUAACCAAGGCUAUGAACUAGACCAUGAUGGACAUACAUGUAAUGACAUUGAUGAAUGCAGUUACUCCAGCUAUCUGUGCCAAUACCAGUGCGUGAACGAGCCUGGACGCUUUUCCUGUGCGUGCCCUGAUGGAUACCAGCUGCUGGGAACCCGGCUCUGUCAAGAUAUAAAUGAGUGUGAGACAGGAGCCCACAGCUGCUCAGAUGCACAGAUUUGCGUCAACUUUUACGGAGGUUUCCAGUGUGUGGAGAAGAACCGCUGCGUGGAGCCAUAUAUCUCUGUGUCUGACAACCGCUGUAUGUGUCCGAGCAGUAACCCUUUGUGCCGCGAUGAACCAGGGUCGGUGGUAUAUCGCUACAUGAGCAUCACAUCGGACAGGACCACCCCCUCUGAUAUAUUCCAGAUUCAGGCAACAAGCGUAUAUCCAGGAGCUUACAACACAUUCCAGAUACGUGCUGGCAAUGAGCAGGGUGACUUCUUUAUCAGGCAAAUCAACAACAUAAGCGCUAUGCUCGUGCUGGCUCGUCCGGUUACCGGUCCUCAGGAGUUUGUCCUGGAUCUCGAGAUGCUAACGUCUAACACCCUGCUCAGUUAUCGGUCCAGCUCUGUGCUCAGACUCACCAUCUUCGUUGGAGCACAUGCAUUCUAGUUCCUUGGAGGAAGUCAGAAGAAAUGAACCGUUUUUUAUUUUGUAAUUUUUUUUUGUUAAAUAUUUUUUUAAUUAUAUUUUUUUUUUUCUCUUUUUUUAUUAGUUAAAUCCUGAUUUUAAUUAGAAGAGCUGGUUAACUCUUUCAGUAUUGCAGGACGUUUUGGAAAUGAAAGGAUUAACCAAUUCUUUACAGGGAAAGCCCUGUUUUCAUUCUGAUAUAGAAUUGACUUUCUGACUACAGACCAAGCAAAGACUAUACUGGGUUUGUAUUUAAAGGGACAUUAAACACUAAAUACGUCUCAUGCACCUACCCUCUAAAUAUGAAUGCGGCCAUUCCGGAACUUGGGUUACAAUGCAGGUAUCAUGUGCAAACACGGAAUGCAAUGAAAGCUAGAUUAGCACGUGUGAUUAGAGGGGGGCAGGGAAUGACCUAAAUACUAUGCUUAUACAAUGUAUUUAGUGUGUAAUGUCCCUUUAAAGGGAAAUUCUAAUGCAAAAACUACAUACUUUAGAUGGAAGCGGUUAAACACAUAGGUAAAGUUUUUCAGCUACUGUUCAAGAGCUGCAAUAUUUGGGGCUCCCAGGAGGAAAUGUAUUUAUGUGUUUAACCCAUUUCCAGUUAGAUAGGGUCAGCCAUGCUAAUGUGCUAAACGACUAGAGCAUGUAAGUUUCACCGUAAAACGUGCCUUUAUUGUUGGCUCACAUACGUGCCUGUCUGCAGAUUAUCAGGACAGGCUCAGAUAAAUGCCGAGCAUCUGGUUUUGAGGAUGAGCCUAGACCAGUGAUGGGGAACCUGGGAACUCCAGAUUACAUUUCCCAUGAUGGUUUGGCACUCUGAAGUCCGUUCAAGCAUCAUGGGAAAUGUAGUUCAGAAACAUCUGGAGUGCUAAGGUUCCCCAUCACUGGCUUAGACAAUACAGGGUUUGUAGUGUGACUUCUGUACUAUGGAGUUUCAAGUCAAGAUCAAUACAUUUUGUGUUUUUAUAUGUAGGUGACUGACUGUAGAUUAAAGGGACAUAAGCUGACAUGUGCAUCAGUGCAUUUUCAUUUUCAAUCAAAGCAUUUUUGUGUUAUACUAAUAUUAGCAGAAAUGCUUCUAGUAAAAUGUAUUCAGCAGCAUACGCACAUAUGCUGUGCAUGACUCGUACUGCAGCUUCCAGUGUUUGCAUGCUGGUGCACAGGACAUGAUCAGCAUAUGUGCGUAUGCUGCUGCUGCAACAAUACUACCUUUUACUAGAAGCAUUUUUUUGCGAAUAAAAAUAUAUUGUCAGUGGAAAUGCACUCAUGACCAUUAUGGCUCUUUAACAGGACAAGCUCAGGAAGUUCUGUUUUUUCAGCAGAUUAUAAAGUUGCCCAUUGUUUUAGAUAAGACAGUGCUGCUGGGUUUAUAGCUAAUGUACGGUGAUGCUCUCACAGUAUCCUAUCAGAACAUGUGAAGAAAAGGGCAGUGACUCAAUAAAGCUCUCUGGGACAGUGAACUAGCAGAUCACAGACCCCCAGGGAAUUAAUUAAAUUGUCAAUUUAAAAUGAUUUUGCAAAUCAAAAACAGUUCAGGCAUACACCCUUUGAAAAGCAGUGAUAUCAUUGUUCUUGGUAUCUUCUGUUAUGAUAUGUGUGUGUAUAUAUAUAUAUAUAUAUAUAUAUAUAUAUAUAUAUAUAUAAAAAACAUACACAAAGGGGCUGUAGAGACGUCAUUUUUCCUUUUAAUGAGUAUACAAUGUUUACAAAUAGUUUCUUUAUUUUGUUGUGUAAAAAUAGCUGAUUUUGCCUGUACCACCACCUACACUAAAAUAAUGUAAUCCAGCAGUAUUGGAUAUAGAAAAGCUUUGUAAACAAGAAAAAGCACAUAUGAGCUUUCCAGCAGGGGAUGGAAGAGAAGGAGCCCAGCCCAUUUGAAAGGGUGUUCUUGCAACAGCUUUGAAUACAACUACAUUUUUGUUGCUUGCUUGAGUACAUUGUGCCUUUAAUGUAUUUCACCAAGCUCCAUAUGGACCCAGAUAUCUUCCUAGGAGCAGAGCAAAAAGAGCUUUACAGAAUCUAGCCCUGUGCUGGGUGACUGCAGAUGAUCUAUUUGGUGACCACAACAUAAUAAAUACAUAGGCUCUUUAUUGAAAUAACACAUUGUAAAAAUUAUUUUGUAACUAGUUCUGUCUUCUCUGUAUAACCCCCAAUCCUUGUAAAUGAAUCCUCUUUUUAUUUUUUGGACAAUCAUAUAAAUUGUUGCUGUAAAUCAAUAAAGAAAAAUAAUGAGGUCCCA